UGUAUCAUCAGUAUUGAGAUGAGUUUGUAUGACAGAAUUUGCGAUUAGUUUGUUCGUCCAAGAUGUUUAUAUGAAGUGUAUUCACAAAUCCGUGAACUAUUUACUUUCAUUCACAGCAUAGUUUCAUAGUUCAUUUUAAGUGAAUUCUUUGUUAUUAAAAAAAGUGCAUUUCUCUUAUUUUGUUUAAUACAAAUCGUGUGCCUAUUAAGAGAGCAUUGAAAAAAAAAACGCUAAAACAUUCUAGUUAUUUGAUAACACAUAAGGAAAAAUGGGAGUGGAUGAUGAGCUAUCCACACCUAUCUUGAACAGCGACGAAGACGUAGUAAGAAAUCGUCGAACAUUUAGUGACGAUGAGCUGGACGCAUCAAAUGAACUUGGUGGAUGUUGUUGCAAUCCUUCAUCAACAUGUCAUCGCUUCAUUGCAUUGAUUUUGAUGUGUUUAGUUGGUUUCGCGUCCUACUUUUGCUAUGACAACCCUGCAUCGCUGCAGAAUUAUUUUAUGAAGGACAUGGAUAUGUCAACGACACAAUUCGUAUGGUUGUAUUCUAUAUAUUCAUGGCCAAACGUUGUAUUUUGUUUCAUUGGUGGAUUUUUGAUUGAUCGUGUGUUUGGAAUUCGUUUUGGUACCAUACUCUACAUGUUCAUCUUGAUGAUUGGACAAUUGAUAGUUGCAUUUGGAGCCAUUCUUGAUGCAUUUUGGAUGAUGAUCGUUGGUCGUUUUAUAUUUGGAAUUGGUGCCGAAUCGCUUGCUGUUGCACAAAAUAAUUAUGCAGUACUAUGGUUCAAAGGCAAAGAAUUAAAUAUGGUGUUCGGAUUGCAAUUAUCGUUCGCGCGUGUUGGAAGUACAGUCAAUUUCAUUGUUAUGGAGCCCAUCUAUAAGUACAUAAACAAAUGGUACAAGGGUCAUAUGUGUCUCGGUGUUGUUAUGCUCAUCUCAUUUACAACAUGCUUGAUGUCGUUUGCUUGCGCCGUACUUUUGGGAUGGCUCGAUAAGCGUGCACAACGAAUUUUACAGCGAAACGAUAAUCCUUCCGGUGAUGUUGCCAAAUUGAGUGAUGUAAAAACAUUCAAAAUAAGUUUCUGGAUGGUCAGCGUCAUUUGUGUCGCCUAUUAUGUCGCUAUUUUCCCAUUUGUUGCGUUGGGCAAAGUAUUCUUCAUGCAAAAGUAUGACUUGGCUCCCGAAGAUGCCAAUUUUCUUGAUUCAUUGGUGUUCCUUAUCUCAGCUGUGGCAAGUCCAUUGUUUGGUUUUGUCAUUGAUAAAACUGGAAGAAAUGUUUCGUGGAUGUUGAUAUCAAUUUUGACUACGAUUGGUGCACAUUCUUUCCUUGCAUUUACAUAUGUAAAUCCAUAUAUUUGUAUGAUCACAAUGGGACUAGCAUAUUCGAUGCUGGCGAGUAGUUUAUGGCCGCUUGUUGCUUUAAUUAUUCCUGAAUAUCAACUUGGUACUGCCUAUGGUAUCUGUCAAUCUGUACAAAAUCUAGGUCUAGCUGUAGUUUCAAUGUUUGCUGGUAUUAUUGUGGAUCGUGGUGGCUAUUUUACACUGGAAAUAUUCUUCAUUUGCUGGUUGGCAGUUGCUUUUAUAGCAACUAUAGUCAUUUGGAUUUACAACAGCAACAAGAAUGGAAAUUUGAAUAUGACACCAUAUGAACGUGACCUGCAUUUUGCGCUAGUUUCAAGCAGCGCAAAUUCAAAAUUGAUCAACAGUGAAUCGGCCGAAAACAUUCCACCAAUAGAGGGAACAGCAACCACUUCCAGUCCGAGAAUACGAAAUCGCUAUUUGAAACGAAUUGGAGUCGGUGGUAGUGAAAUAGAUGACGAACUCCCACUUUUGAAUGAUAACUAAAAUUAACCAAAAUAACAAAUCAAGUGAUUGUCAAAUUAUAUUAAAUCUCAUUUUGUAUUAAUUUUUCUUUUAAUCUGUUCAAUUGUUUUGAUAGUUUAAUGAUAAAGAGAAAAAAAGACAACAGUACACAAUGCAUGAAAUAGUUUAUUGUUGUAACUACUGCUUUAUUGCUUAAGUCAAUUAAGAUUGCAUCAAAUUAUUAUCGUACAAUUCAUUUUGCGUUCAAUUGCGUUCUUUAUAAACUGAUGUAAUUUUUAUUUUUCAUUAGCAUUUGUGUAAAUAUGACAUUUAGAGACACGACUACUAUUGAUGAAUGUUUGAGAACAAAUUAUAUACACACAUAUCUAUUAAUUGAAUAAAUCAACAAAUCCAAAGAACUAA